AUGGGUUGGCGGGACAUAUUCGCCUCUGAGGCCUCCGGGUUUCUCCAGGACAUGCAGCGGCAUCGAUUGCUUCCAACUCACGAAGGAGACGAGAUUCCAACUGAUCACCCUGCAAAGGAAGUGACUAGACUUGCUCUGCGGCUGAAAUACCAGCUUGAACAAGUCAUUCCAUGUGAGUUGGAAGAAGAGUCGAUAACUAGCGCCAACAGCCGGGUCAUAACUCAGGAUGUGAUCCAUACUGCGAUGCAGGCCGGAGGAGAGCAUCUUCGCGCAUGCGUGCCGUUCUGCCUACUCGUGUGUUUGCGAUGGUUUAAGCGUCAAGCACAGCAGGAGCUGUGGGAUUCCGAACUCCAUGAGCUUCGAGCUACAGCCUUCUGCAUGAAUUUCCUGACGAUGAGCAGUAUUGAAGCCGACGAAGAUCAGAAUCAUCUUCUCGUUCAUGUCCUCCUCAAGCGCUACUCUAUCUUCCAGGACGGCGAAGAAAGCGCCCCCGCCAACGUCAUUGAGCGAGCAGUUGACCUCCAUGCCUUGAGGGUAAUCGGCUCUUCUGGGUACCAGAAGUGCAUCAAGUACCUCUGGAAUGGCUGGCUGUGCCAGCAAGAAGGCAACCCAACCAACUUUGUCCCCUAUCAAGACAGAGACAGUACCGAUUUUGCAGUCCAUUUUCAUCCAGACCGAAUGCGCGCGCCCAUCUAUCAGAGCGCAUGCCAGAUCCUGUUUUCAUUCGUCUAUCUAGGCCUGUACACUGAAGUUAUUAACACCGUUAACCCAACCGGCGACCUAGACGUCGUCGAGGGAGUACUUUAUGUCAUAACACUUGCAUUCAUCUGUGAUGAGGCCACGAAGCUCUGGAAAAUUGGACGAAACUACUUCGACUUCUGGAAUGCCUUCAACUCCACACUAUACGCCAUUCUUGCCGUCUCGUUCUUCCUGCGAGUCGCGGCCCUCGCACACUCUGCCUCUGCUGGUGAUGAGCAAAGACAGACGCUAAACAAAUUAAGUUAUAAUUUCCUAGCCUUUGCAGGUCCCAUGUUCUGGAUGCGCAUGAUGCUUUAUUUAGACACCCUCCGCUUCUUCGGCGCCAUGUUCGUUGUCCUCCGGGUAAUGAUGAAGGAGAGUCUGAUCUUCUUCGCCCUUCUCCUUGUUGUCCUGGUCGGAUUCUUUCAAGCGUUCACAGGCAUGGCGCAAGUCGAUAGCGGCCCACUCGGUACAAAGGGCAUCGUUAUUGCAAUGGCAAACAGUAUUAUGCAGAGUCCGGAGUUCGGGAUGUUUGAGGACUUCGCCUUUCCGUUUGGGAUUAUCCUCUACUACUUCUACACUUUCAUCGUCCUGACUAUUCUUCUGAACAUCCUCAUUGCCCUCUACAACAGCGCCUAUGAAGCGAUCUCCGGAAAUGCCACUGACGAAUACAUGGCCAUAUUUGCCCAAAAAACCAUGCAAUUUGUCCGCGCACCAGAUGAAAACGUCUUCAUUCCCCCAUUCAAUCUCAUCGAAAUAAUCUUUCUAAUCCUCCCCUUUGAAUGGUGGCUUUCCGCCACCACCUAUGCAAAACUUAACGAUAUCGUCAUGGGUAUCGUAUAUUCUCCGCUCCUUUUGGUUAUUGGGAUCCUGGAGAUCCGCGAAGCGCGCCGGAUCAGACGUAAUCGGCGACGCGGCGAGGAGGAUGACGACCACGUUGAGGAGUGGGAGGGAAUGGCUGAGCAGGUCGGCUUUGAGGUUGACGAUGAGUGGAAGGUGGCCGUUAAGGAGAGUAGUCCAGAUGUGAGGGUUGAUCCGUCCGCGGCCGAGGUUGCGAAGUUGAGGGAGGAGGUCAGGGCAUUGACGGAAGUCGUUAGGGUGUUGAUUGAGACCAACGGGGAGAGGGAUGGAGGGAGAGAGAGUAAUAGGUUGGGGGAGUCGAGUUCUAGCCUUAGAGCUGCUGAGUGA